GAGCUAUGAGGAAGUGACUGACUCCACAGCCAGCAGACUCCUGUCAAGAUGGCCCCGAGUGGACUGAAAGCGGUAGUGGGAGAAAAAAUUCUCAAUGGAGUCAUCAAGAGUGUGAAGAAAGAUGGAGAAUGGAAGGUUUUGAUUGUAGAUCACAUGAGCAUGCGAAUUCUGUCAUCUUGCUGCAAGAUGUCUGAUAUUUUGGCAGAGGGGGUGACAAUUGUGGAAGACAUCAAUAAACGAAGGGAACCCAUCUCCAGUUUGGAGGCCAUUUAUUUGAUUACACCAGUGGAGAAGUCAGUACGUGCUCUUAUCAAUGACUUCAAAGACGCAGCCUUUACUUACAAAGCAGCGCACAUCUUCUUCACUGACACCUGCCCUGAUGGCCUCUUUGCUGAUAUUGGAAGAUCCAGAGUAGCCAAGGUUGCCAAGACAUUGAAAGAGGUCAACGUUGCAUUCCUGCCGUAUGAGUCUCAGGUGUUCUCCCUGGAUGACCCAAGUUCCCUGUACUCGUUCUACAGUUCUAAGCCUUGUGAAGGUAAAGACAAAAUGAUAGAAAACCUGGCAGAGCAGAUUGCGACACUGUGCGACACACUGAAGGAGUAUCCUGCAGUGCGAUACCGCAAGGGACCUGAGGAAAAUGCUAGACUGGCUGAUGAAGUUUACCAGCACCUUACUGCUCAUAAAGCUGACAACCCAAGCAUGGGAGAGGGUCCAGAUAAAGCGCGUUCUCAAUUACUGAUUGUUGAUCGCGGGGUUGAUCCCAUCUCACCAAUUCUACAUGAGCUGACCUUCCAAGCAAUGGCUAAUGACUUGCUGGAUAUCAAACAGGACAUCUAUACUUACCAGACAACUGGGAUUGGGAAUUCACAAGACAGAGAAGUGUUACUGGACGAAGAUGAUGACCUCUGGGUUCAGCUCAGGCAUAUGCACAUUGCCGAUGUCACGAAGAAAGUUACAGAGCUGCUUCGCACCUUUUGUGAGAGCAAGAGAAUGUGCACAGACAAUGCCAACAUAAAAGACCUGUCUCAGAUGUUAAAGAAGAUGCCGCAAUAUCAGAAGGAGCUGAGCACGUACUCUACUCAUUUGCACCUUGCAGAAGCUUGUAUGAAGAAAUUCAAGACCUCUCUUGACAAACUUUGUGAGGUGGAGCAGGACCUGGCAAUGGGAGCAAAUGCCGAUAGGGAGCCCCUGAAAGAUGCCAUGAAGAGCAUUGUUCCAGUCCUCCUCAACAAUGAAAUUUCAGCCUAUGACAAAAUCCGUAUCAUCCUGCUGUUCAUUUUCCACAAGAAAAAAGGCAUCGGAGAGGAGAACCUUGCCAAGCUCAUCCAGCAUGCAAACAUACAGGACAACCGGAACAUUAUCACCAACCUGCAGAACCUAGGCUGUAACAUUAUAGCUGGGGGUUCCAAUGCUGGGAAAACACUGCCAGAACGCAAAGAGAGAACAGAGAGUACAUAUCAACUCUCUAGAUGGACACCCUUCCUCAGGGACAUCAUGGAGGAUGUCAUUGAAGACAAACUGGACAGAAAACAGUGGCCAUUCAUCGCUGAUCCAGCACCAAUUAACACGACCCAGACUGCAGUCAGCAGUGCACGUUUUGGACACUGGCACAAAAAUAAGUCUCCAACAGAAUAUCGCUCUGGCCCACGGCUCAUUAUUUUUGUAAUUGGUGGAGUGUCAUACUCGGAAAUGCGUUCUGCCUAUGAAGUCACUCGAGCCACUGAUGGGAAGUGGGAAGUGCUCAUUGGCUCAUCACACAUCUUGACUCCAACCAGCUUCCUCAACGACUUAAAGAGUCUGGACCAAGAUACUCGUCCUGAGUCGUAGAUCCUGAGCAGGGAAGGACACAGAGUAAAUUGGGCACCUAGUCGUUCGUUCGAUUGAUUGCUGUUACUGUAUUAUGCAUAUCUGACAUUUGAAGUGAAUUAUGAAGAUACAAUCUAGAUGUAGCUUUGAAAGAAAAUGAUUAUUUUCUCUAUUUUAUUUUAGAAUGAUCUUUUUUAUGUUUGUUUUGAAUUUGGUAUAUAUUCUAUUUUCUUCUGAUUUAAAAAAAAAAUAUAUAUAUAAUAUAUAAGUAGAUAUAAGUAUUAUGUUUCUUUUCCAAAAUGAUAUUUUUUCUUGACACGUAUUUGAUCUACUGAGAAACUACUACUGAGAAAAACUAGAUUGUCUUCACACUUUAUCUUAUGAAAAUAAUUAUGUCUAGUGAGAAGAAAAUAAUAUAUAUCUGGGAAAAGUUUUCUCAGACAAAGAAUCUAAACUGCUGUGAUGAAAUGUCAUUGAUAAAUAUACCAUGUACUUUAAUAUGUAGUCAGGAGCUUGUGGCGUGGGUGUUUUUGGUUCUUCAAUCAUUAAAAAUGGAUAAUAAAAAAUGUUUUGUUUCAAA